UCCGCAUGCAGUCGGUGCCCCGUUGAACAGACAUCUCUUUCUCUCGAAUAUCUGCCUCUGUUGAAGGAUGUAUCUGUUGUUUCUUCCUUCUCUUCUAGAUUGACGCUGUUGAACUCGCCUCUGCGGUGGCAACUCCAAGAAGUCGUAGCUUGAAGAGUUUUUUCGUCGCCGCGUUUCAGGGUCUUUCCUUGCAUGCUACACUAGUGUAGGCCGCGUGGUUUGCCAUGCUAUCGCUCUUGUUUCAAGCGGAUUUCCUCGUCUCGAAAACCUUCCUCGUUCGGGCUUCGAGCGCCCACCUAGCUCGAGUAAAAGUGCCCAUGCAAUGCCGCACUGACCCUUUUCUUUGCCGUUUGCAGAUUCGCGCCAAGCGGUUUGUUCCUGUUUCUUUUCCGGUCUUGUUGAAGGGGACAGCGAGAGAAAAAGACUUUUCAGAAGAUGAGAGUAUGAUCAGUACCCUCUCCUUCCCAGGAGUCUUCAUCUCUGAGGCCUGAUUAGUCACACUUCUUCUCUGCAGUGAACAGACCACCAGUUCGACUUCGGUUUAGGUCCAGAAGAUCCUUGAUUACCGGAUCCCUCAGUCCGCGGCCAUGGGGGCUGUGUCUCCACCUACAGUUCGCGGUUUUCUGCUGUCUUCUGUUGCCAAUUUCCUUUCAGUGACUCCACUUUCGGGUGUUCCGAAAACUGUGUCUAUUCGCCAUGUCGCUGCAGUUCAAGCUCGCGGCACGCGAGCCUCCUCCAGGCCGUACCAUACUUCCCGGCGAAACGCCAUGACGCCCCCGCAGUCGAAUCAGAUCUGUUGCGCGCGUGUGUUGCCAUGCUUUUACCGCUCCCUUUCCUCUUCGUCGUCUUCGGGACCUGAAGAGGCCUCGUCUUCACCAGAAGCUUCGUCUGCCUCGUCGCUACCCCGCCUCCUAGACUCUGAGCUCACGGCAAUCUUUCAGGGGGCUGCCGCGGGGCCUCGAGCAGCCACAGGGAAAGACAAAAGUCAAAAGCGAAAAAUCACUGUGUCCUCCAACCGACUUUUCAAGGCACUCCUUCAAUCGGGCAUUCUAGACAGAGAUUUGACGGGUUCGAGCGCGCAAAACAGCCCCAGGCCCGUCGUGGAGUUCCAGAAACUUUGCGACUUGUACGAGGAAGGAAGAUUCUACAGAACGUGGGCAGGCGGAGCCCACAUUCUCAAGAUCUCGGGUGUCAAGGGCCUUGCGCCUCCCGGGGGAAACUUGAAAGGUGGCAUUAUCGACGGCACUCCUAAGCACAUGAGUUACGAAGAAUUCCGCACUUUCGUACACGCAGUGCGUGUCUGGCUGCGAGACGAACGCAGCCCCGUACCUCUUUGCGACGCCACUGUGAGGGCGACCGGCUCUUCGAGAAUGCCAGCUCACGUCCUUGAUUAAAUGUCGAGUUCGGAAACCAUUGUACAUGCGCUCGCCCUUUGCAGACCUCUGGGGUAGUGCCUUCCGCAAGUUUUUCGUGGUUCGGGAUCUUCACGGUGGCAGCGCUGCGCAAAAGAGAACCGUGCAAGCAAUGGCUAUCUUUGGCGCCUCUGGUGUGUAGGCCCGCAUCGUUCCUGAUAGAUGCUUAACAUUCAUUGACGCCACUGCACUCAUCCUAAAGAGCUCUGGGGACGCGUCAACCGUGUUGUCAGUGUCGCUAUGUUCUCUUCUUAUUGUGAUUACAUGCCACAAUCGUAACGUACGACACCACUCGACUAAAUCUAACACUGCCA